AUGUCUACUCCUGCUGAAAAAUUAGCUGCUCUUCAUGCCGCCGCUGCCGCUGCUGCUGCUUCUCCUUCUCCUUCUCCUGCUUCUACCCCUGCUUCGGCUCCUACUCCUGUCUCUCCUGACCCUGUCUCUGCUGUUAAUGGUGCUCAAACUCCCUCCCUUUUAACUUCAGUUGAUGACAGCGAUUUGUCUGAUGUUGAUUCUGACUUGGAUACCGCAAACUCCACUGAAACAUCUGCUACUCAACCUCCUUCAAUCAACGAUGAAAACGAAUUUCCAACUUUAGGUUCAGUUCCCUCGUUAUCCUCUCCAAAACCAAUCUGGGGCCCUAAAAUGAGCUCUGCUGUCUCUUCCACCUCUAGAACUACUACUACUACCACCUCCUCUUUAUCUUGGAACAAGUCUUCCAAGUCUGUUCGUAUGAAAUCAAGUUUAAUCCAAGAAGCCUUUUCAUUGGAUUUCAAAUACCUUUUAUAUCUUUCCAAUAAACCUGAAUUAAGCAAAAUCUUAUCCGACAUCAAAUUCGAAUCAAAAUGUAACAUUGAAUGCACUUCCUCUCAACAAACAAAAAAAAGAACUUUUCUUAUCACCGGUAGCCCAAACAACGUUCAAAUUGCCAGAAAAUUGAUCUUUAGAAAAUUCACCAAACCAAUCAACGACCAAUUUUUCAUCCCUUCAAAAUCAAGAUCAAUUGUCAUUGGAUCUCAAGGAAAAAACUUGAAACCAAUCAUCGACAAAUACAACGUCAAAGUUAACAUUGAAAAGAAUAACACCAACACCUAUCCUCAAUCUGAUGACUCAAAUGAAAUCGACGACACCUUUGGUGACCAAACUAAAGUCACUAUCGAAGGUGAUAUUCAAAGUGUUGCCGAUGCCAGAAGAGAAAUUGAAGCCAUUGUUAAUGAACACACAAAAGUAUUAUCUGCAAAACUAAAGGUUGACCCAUUAGUCUUGCCUUUUAUUCAAAAUGAAAUCUCCAAUGACCCUUCUUUUGAUUUAUCUGAUAUCGACAUCACUUAUCCUCAUAACACCACUUCCUCCAGUACAAACCCGCUUGUCAAAUUACUGGGUCCAAGAGAAAAAGUUAUUAAACUUGCCGACCAAUUGAAAGAUCUAUUCAACUCUUUACUUUUAAAUAUCAUAAUUGAAGAAAAAAAAGCUCCAAAAAAAUUACAUAAAUUUAUCAACACUACUGAAAUUUUUAACGAAUUAAAUGUCAUUGUUGAAAUUCCAUCGGUGGACGACACCUCAAAUGAAAUUAUUAGAUUCAUCGGUCAUCCUGAUAAAAUUAAUAAAGCAAUUGAUAAAGCUAAACAAUCUUCUUCAAACCACUCCAUUUCCUCUCUUAACAUAUCCAGAGCUCAUAACAAUAAUGUUUUACACUCUAGAUAUUUAACCAUUUAUUUCAAUUAUAUUGAUUUGUUUGACCAAAUUUCCGCAGAAACAGAUACAAGAUUGUAUUUUCCAUCUUACAAAUCUCUAAUUGAAAACGACAAUACCAAAGAAGUUAAUAUUGAAAUUGUAAUUUCAAGAGAUAGUCAAUCUGCUGCUCAAGAUUCCUUUAAAACAGCUAAAUCUUUAAUUGUUUCAAAUGUCAACAAAAUUUCUCCAAAAUCAACUUUCAUUAUUGACGACGUUGAUAUUUUUUUCCAUGAAAAAGUCUUAUCUCUAGUUAGUACUUUAGCCACAGAUUUGAAAGUUUCAGUUAUUCCAUUUGGCUUGUUAAAUAAAGAUAUAUCAUCCAACAAAAUUUUAUUAAUUGCUCAACCAUUGGAAGAUGAUGAUUUUGGUCCAACUGAUGAUGAAUUAAAAGAUAAAUUUAAUCAAAUUAGCAAUUUAUUAUCUCCCUUGAGAGAAGCUGGCAAAAACAUUAUUUACGAAACCCUCAAUGUUCCAGAUGAUGAGCAAGACAACGUCAAAGGUCCAAAUGAUACAACCUUAAAUUCAUUAAUCUCAUCCUGCAACGGCAACAAAAUCGAAAUUCUUUUCCAUACCCCAGCCGAAAAUGAAAUCACCCUUCACGGCUUGAAAAGUGAUGUUAAUAAGAUUUCUAAAGAUAUCAAUCAAAUCUUACAAGAUGCCAAGGAUUACAAAGAAGCAUCCUCAUAUUUUACUGAAUUUCAAUGUCCUUUAGCAAUUAUAUCAAGAUUGAUUGGUAAAGGGGGUGCUAAUGUCAACGAGCUCUCUACAAAAUAUGGUGUCAAAAUUGAGUUGAAUGAGGAUAAAAACGAUAAAAACUCAAAAGAAGUGUUGGUUAGAAUCACUGGUAUUAAAAGGAAUGCAGAAGAAGCAAAAGUCGAAAUCAAUUCAUUAAGUAAAAAAUGGGGUGAUGAGAAAACUGUAGUUAUUAAUAUUCCACAAAAAUUCCAUAAAGCAAUUGCAGGUCCAAGUUGGGUUUAUGUUAACAGAUUACAAGAUAAGUAUGAUGUUAAAAUCAAAUUUGGACGUAAUGAAACCAAAAAAGAUGAAGUUACAAUUAACGGACCAUCAAAGGGUGUCAAGAAAGCUCAAGAUGAAUUGAAAGAGUUGUUAGACUACGAAAUUGAAAACGGUUUGAAGAAAGAAAUUAUUGUUCCAAGGAAAGCUGUUGCAAGAAUUAUUGGUAAAAAUGGAAAAAAUUUAAACGCAUUAAAAGAUGAAUUUGAAACUAAAUCUACUUCUAAAGACGAUAAGGCCACAAUUCAACUUGUUGGAUCAAGAGAAGCCAUUGGAGAAGUUGAAAAAAGAAUCAAACAGAUUGCUGAAGAGAUUCAAAAUUAUGUUGAAAGGGAACUUGAAGUUGAUCCAAAAUACUUUAGAUUAUUGAUCGGUCGUAACGGUACCAUUAGAAAAGAAAUUGUUGCAAAAGCUGGAGGUCUUGAUGAAGAUUCUGUCAGAUUAUUAUACGUUCCUACUCAAAACUCUGGCUCAAACAAAAUUUCUUCGCAUGGUGAUAAAAAAGUGGUUGAUAAAAUUAUAAAAGAAGUUCAAUUAAUUGUUUCAAAUGCUGAAAAAAAGAAAACUGUUGAAUUGGAAGUUCCAAAAGAAAAACAAAGAUUAUUAAUUGGACAAGGUGGAUCUGUCAGAAAAAAUUUAGAGAAUGAAUUUAAUAUCAGUUUAUUCAUUCCUAAAAUUAAUGAAAAAAGUAAUAUUAUAAAAGUUAUUGGAUUAUCUCAAGAUAUUGAAAAGGCUCAAGUUAAAAUUAGCAGUUUAAUCAAAGAUAAAUUCGAUGAAACAAUCGAAGUACCAAGUAAGUAUCAUUUAUUACUUUCAGAAAGAGGUACAAUUUUCAGAAAAUUGAGAAAUGAUUUUGGAGUUUCUGUAGAAUAUGGAAGCAUGGUUAGAGAAGCCACUAAGCUAUCUGAUCCAUUUGCAAUUACCCCAGAGGAAGUAUUUGGUGAUGGUAGUGAGGAUACUAAAUGGACUAUAACUAAAGACCAGGAAACCGUUGAUAGUAGUGAAACCGAAGAUGUUGUCAACAUUCCAUGGAUGAUAUCCGGUAAAGAUAGUAAAAAAGCGAAAAAGUAUCUUGAAGAUCAGUUAGAAAUCAUUAAAAAGUGUAACAGAACAGGUUACUUUUAUGUAAAGAACUCCAGUUCUCUUGGAAAAGUUGUUGGUUCUGGGGGGUCCAAAAUUGAAAGUAUUAGAAAGAAGAGUGGAAGUAUUAUUUUUGUUCCAAGAAACAAUGACAAGAUCAAUAAUGUAAUUUAUUUAAGAGGUACCGAAACCCAAUUAGAAAAAGCCAAAAACGGAAUUCUCGCUGCUCUUAAAAAAUAG